GACGCUAUUGUAUCGGAAAAGCUAGGCUGGCAAACAAUUGAAACCGACACAACGUUUUCUCAAAUGGAAAGUCCUGCCCAUGACCAAGAUAACCAGAGAGUGGAUGAUAUAUAUUCCUUUAUCGAGAUCAAGGUAAAAGAGGUUUGUCGUCUUGAAAUCGAAAAACUUAAGCAAGAGGCAAGCACAUCAUAUUCAAACGAAACCAUAGCAUCUAUUCGGGAGGAAAAUAAUCUACUUAACAUAAGGCUUCAAGAGCUUAAAUCCCGCAACGAAAGUCUAAGAGAAGAGGCAAGAACUCUCAGUGACGAAAAUGAAAGUUUAAUGACAGUGAUUAGACUUCUAAACAAUCAGGUUGCAACGAAAGAAGACGGGAAAUUUUUUUCAAGGAAUGCUGACAAUGGCAGUUCUGUUAAUUUGCAUAAUCAGCAAGGUCAAGUUGAUGGUCAAUGUCAAAAGAAGCCAGAUUCAAAUACAUUUACGCAACAACGAAAAGCCACUGAAAGUGGGAAGAAAUCUGAACUUCCUAAACACUCCAGGCAACAAACAAGGGCAACGCCUGCCGGAAGAACUGCAGAAGCCACAUCAUUCCCGACUAAGUCUGAGAAUGACCGGAUCACAGUAGUUUUAGGUGACUCCAUCAUUAAAAAUUUUCAAGGGAAAAAGCUGGCCAAGGCUGUGGGGCAUCGGGUA